AUGCAGCGGAACUGGAGGAUCUUCUGUUCACACGUGUGCUGCGCAACUUUCCUCUUUUGGAUAACCGUCGGAAUGACGGUCGUAGACGUUUUGGGGUCCCAACAAGGGAUUCCUUUAUCAGUAGUGAAACUGUGGGCAUCAGCAUUUGGCGGAGAAAUCAAAUCCAUUUCAACAAAAUAUUCUGGAUCUCAGCUCCUGCAGAAGGAAUUAUACAAAUAUAAAGAGUAUGAAAAAUCUGUCCGGAUAGAGGAGGUGGACGGCGCUAAACUAGUGAAAAAUCUGGCAGAGAGCAUGGAGGAAACGUUUCGGAGGAAAGCCGAGGCUGUACGACGACUUGUGGAGGCAGCAGAAGAGGCUCAUCUGCAGCAUGAGGAAAACCCUGAUUUACAGUAUGAGUAUUUUAAUGCUGUUCUCAUAAACGAAGUGGAUGAGGCGGGUAAUAACGUGGAGCUGGGAGGAGAGUUUGUCUUAGAGCCAAAUGAUCACUUCAACAACCUGUCUGUCAACCUCAGCCUCAGUGUGGUCCAGGUCCCCACCAACAUGUACAACAAAGACCCUGCCAUAGUGAAUGGAGUGUACUGGUCAGAGGCCUUGAAUAAAGUUUUUGUGGAUAAUUUUGAGCGAGAUCCUUCUCUGAUUUGGCAAUACUUUGGGAGUGCCAAAGGAUUCUUCAGACAAUAUCCUGGUAUUAAAUGGUAUCCAGAUGAACAUGGGGUCAUUUCAUUUGACUGCAGGAACAGGAAAUGGUAUAUCCAGGCAGCUACAUCUCCAAAGGACGUGGUGAUCUUAGUGGAUGUGAGUGGCAGUAUGAAGGGUUUGAGAUUGACCAUUGCCAGACAAACUGUGUCUUCUAUUCUGGACACCCUGGGAGACGAUGACUUCUUCAACAUCAUUGCUUACAACCAGGAGAUUCACUAUGUGGAACCUUGUUUAAAUGGCACCUUGGUACAGGCUGACAGGACCAAUAAGGAUCAUUUCAGGGAGCAUUUGGACAAGCUGUUUGCCAAGGGCAUUGGACUAUUAGGCAAUGCUUUAACUGAAGCAUUCACCAUUCUCAAUGAUUUCAAUCAGACUGGACGAGGCAGCAUUUGUAGUCAGGCCAUCAUGCUGGUGACGGAUGGGGCAACUGAAAUGUAUGAUGAUGUUUUUGCCAAAUACAACUGGCCUGACAGAAAGGUACGCAUAUUUCCAUACCUGAUUGGCCGGGAGUCUGCCUUCGCUGAUAAUCUCAAAUGGAUGGCUUGUGCUAAUAAAGGGUAUUUCACUCAGAUCUCUACUUUGGCUGAUGUCCAGGAGAAUGUGAUGAGGUAUCUCCAUGUAAUGAGCAGACCUAAGGUCAUCGACCAUGAACACGACACUGUGUGGACUGAGGCAUACGUGGACAGCGCACUUGCCCAGGCUCAUAAGCUUGGAGAAAGCGAAGGUCCGAUCCCAAUGACCACUGUGGCCAUGCCCGUGUUCAGCACGAAGAACGAGACAAGAAACCAAGGCAUUCUUUUGGGAGUUGUGGGCACGGAUGUCCCUGUCCAGGAACUUAUGAAAACUAUUCCAAAACAUAAGCUUGGUAUACAUGGAUAUGCAUUUGCCAUCACAAAUAAUGGUUAUAUCCUCACGCAUCCAGACCUGAGGCCACUGUACCAGGAGGGUCAGAAGAGGAGGAAGCCAAACUACAGCAGUGUGGAUCUGUCGGAGGUGGAGUGGGAGGACACAGAGGAUGUUCUGCGUAAUGCCAUGGUGAAUAGGAAGACUGGCUCUUUCUCCAUGGAGGUGAAGAAGACUGUGGAUAAAGGAAAACGUGUUCUGAAGAUGCAUAAUGACUAUUAUUACACUGAUAUCAAAGGAACCCCAUUCAGUGUUGGGGUGGCUUUGUCCAGAGGUCAUGGGAAGCUGUUCUUCAAGGGAAACGUCUCAGUGGAAGCAGGACUCCAUGAUCUUGAGCAGCCAGAUGUGGCCCUUGCAGAUGAAUGGACCUACUGUAACACGGAUGAGUACCAUGAGCAUCGCUACCUCACCCAGAUACAGGCCAUCAAACUUUACCUCACCGGUCGCAAACCACACAUCAAAUGCGACAGGGAGCUGGUAGAGCAGGUUCUGUUUGAUGCUGUUGUGACUGCUCCUGUGGAGGCGUACUGGACUGGACUGGCUUUAAAUAAGUCAGAGAAUUCAGAUAAAGGCGUUGAGAUUGCCUAUCUAGGCACUCGCACUGGCCUGUCCAGAAUCAACUUGUUUGUUGCCCCAGAACAACUAACCAAUCAAGACUUCUUGACCGCUGAGGAUAAAGAAGGAGUCUUCAAUGCCGAUCAUUUUCCUCUGUGGUACAAAAGAGCAGCGGAGCAAGUCCCAGGAACCUUUGUUUACUCUAUCCCAUUCAGCUCGGGUGCUGACAAUAAAAGUGUGGUUUUAGCCAGCACUGCUAUACAGCUGCAAGAUGACAGAAAGUCUCCAAUUGUUGCAGCUGUAGGAAUUCAAAUGAAACUGGAUUUCUUUCAAAGAAAAUUUUGGACUGCAAGCCGACAGUGUGCUGCUUUAGAUGGGAAAUGCACCAUCAGCUGCGAUAAUGAGGAUAUUAAGUGCUACCUCAUAGACAAUAAUGGCUUCAUUCUAGUCUCAGAGGACUACUCACAGACGGGACACUUCUUUGGAGAGGUAGAGGGAGCUGUAAUGAACAAACUGCUUCUUAUGGGCUCCUUUAAGAGGAUCACACUGUAUGACUAUCAGGCUCUGUGUAAGGAGUAUGCAGGAAGCAGUGACAGUGCACACUCUCUACUGGAUCCCUUUUCUGCUGUGAAAUGGCUCCUGACUGAAAUUGUCAUUUUCCUGUUGGAAUUUAAUCUAUACAGUUGGUGGAAUUUUGAUCUUACAGUCAAAGCCCAGAGAGCCCAGAGAGGAAGGACCAUGAUGGUGCCGUGUGACACUGUUUACCAGGCCUUUGUCUCAGAGCGGACCAUAAAAGAGACAACUGGAAACAUUGACUGUGAGGGGUGCAUGAGAACUUUUGUCAUUCAACAAAUUCCAAGCAGCAACCUCUUCAUGGUUGUAGUCGACAACAACUGUGACUGCAGCUCUGCUCCCCCUGUCAGCAUGGAGCCCAUUGAGAUCAUGUACAACGAGUCUUUGAAAUGUGAAAGACUGAAGUUUCAGAAGGACAGAAAGCGGCCAGAUUCUUGUCACCCAUUUCACCCUGAGGAGAAUGCUGUGGAGUGUGGGAGAGCAUUAAGUCUCUCUCCUCACUUAACGACAGCACUGCUUCCCCUGCUGACUCUUCUGAUGUGCAGGUGA